UGAAAAAAUGGAUUGGGUUGGCAUGGAAGAGGCACGGAGUUUUGGGUAAAGAAGGAAAGGCGUGGGUCCAUUUGGCAAGGCUGCCUCCAAUCACGGGACGCCACGUCAUGGAGAUUUUUGAGGCAAAAAGUGGUGACAUGGGAAAAGAGAGGGUGCACGCAACGAGCGUGCUACCGAGAAUCGAACAGGCUUAA